AUGCAUUUCUCCACCAUCUUCGCUGCCUCGGCCAUGGCCAGUGCUGCCAUGGCAGCCGAGCACAUCGUCGCCGUCGGUGACAAGACCGGCAACAUCGUCUUCAUGCCCGAAACCGUCACUGCUGCCCAGGGUGACACCGUUGUGUUCCACUUCUGGCCCAAGAACCACUCCGUCGUUCAGUCCACCUUUGCCAAGCCAUGUGAGCCCAUGGCCGACGGCAUGUGGUCAGGUUUCGUUCCUACUACGGACACGGAGAAGGCCGCUAGCACCAGCUUCACAUACGAAGUCAAGAACGCCUCGGCUCCCAUCUGGUUCUACUGCUCCCAGGGCCAGCAUUGCCAAGGCGGCAUGGUCGGUGUCAUCAACCCCCCUGCCUCUGGCGCAAACACCAUCGACGCCUACAAGAAGGCUGCCGCUGCCGCCUCCGACAACGUCUCCCCAACAUCCAAGGCUGGUACCGGCGGCAAGGUCAACGAGAACGGCACCGCUACCUCGGGCUCGGGCUCAUCAGGAACUCAAUCCGGAUCCGGCAGCAUGGCCAGCAUGUCCGGCACACCCCAAUCAACUGGUGCUGCUUCCCAAGUCGGCGGCAGCGUCGCCUUUGCCGGUCUUACCGGUCUCUUCACCUUCUUCAUGCUUUAA